CACUAUUAUCGAUAUCCUGGUCAUUCCUUUCGGUCACUAACUGAUCAAAGCCAAAGAAUUCGUCUUCAUUUCCACUUUCAUCGGAGUCAGAACUAUCAGAUAGGAAGAGGAGAGUCCCAAUUUUCAUUGGAGUGAGAGCUGCCUUGCGGCGAGGCAUGGUGAACAAAGGUAACUGAGCCGGCGUUCCCACAAUGCUAUGCGGGAGCCUAGAAUUUUUGUUUAUGGCGCACACACACUACGCAGACCCGUUCUCUCACAUGUAGGCCUACCAGCGUUUUCGCGCUAAAUUUGAUGCUGCUAGAAUUUUGGCGUAGAUCUACGGUUUGGACCCUGAACGUAAACCCAUAGAUCUAUGGCACAGACCCUGAAAGGCUUAAGUGACAAUUUUACUUAGUGAAGCAUAUGACAAUAGAGAAAAAAAUCUUUUUUAGUUGAGUAUGUUAUAAUGGUAAUUGUGGAAUAUUGUACUAUACUGACUCAUGUUUCUAUUGCAGACGUAUUUUGUGGAAAACUGCCAGGUUGUGUCUUUCCAGACACUAUAUCUUCAGUACUUCAAGAAGUACCAGUGUAAGUGUCUUGAACAACAACUGAUGUUGCAGAAGUAUUUUGUGGAAGAAUACCAGGUUGUGUCUUGCCAGAGACUAUAUCUUCAGUACUUCAAGGAAGGCAACAGCUGUUCUUCUUGUGAAUUUUUAACUAGCUAUUACUAAUUAAACAAUUUUGCUUUUGAUAUUGGGAAUUCUAUCUAAAAAUGCAUGGCAGUUAAUUCUUUGAGGGUUCGUUUUGUAGUUCUAUGAUUUUUAAGCUGUAGUACUACAUCAUGAGCUCAGCUUACUCAGAUAAGCUGUGAGCAGUAAAUUUGGGCCUAAAUAUGAGAGAAUGCAUCGAUGUGGUAAGUGUGCACCAUAUAAAAGAAAUCCUACAGCAGGCAGUGCAUGAGGAAAAAACAAAGUGCAACUGUGUUUUUGGAUUAAGACAGCAAAUUUUUGGUGUAUUUUCAUGUUUUUAUAGUAGCAUUCACUGUUUCUUGAUCUAAUUUGAUAGAAUAGAAGAUGUAUUACAGAAACGACUUUGAUGGAUUUUAGUACUGAAAAUAGCUUGAAAUUGAGUUCAGAGUAAUAGAAAUGUUCUAUUUUUGCUGAUAUUAGAGGGUAAAUAAUCACAUCAUUCGUCCAGUGCACGUCAGCUGGUGGGUUUAAUGUGUGCUACUGAAUGCACUGAUAUUAUUUAUACAAUUAUUACAAUAUUGCAUAGCAAUAACUUUUCUAUUUUUUGGUGUGCAUAAAAAUAAUUUGUGAAUAAAAAUCAAAAUGAAAUUCAUCUGCAAAGCCUGCAAAUAUAACUAAAAAAAUAGUAGAAAUGAUAGUUUAGUGCCAGGUUGCCUGCAUUGAUUUUUCUGGACCAUAUUUUGAUAUUGGAAUAUUUUGAAUUUUGUGUGAAAUUGGCCAUAUUUCCAAUAUCCAGUCACUUUAUUAAGAAGUUGAAAUAGUUAAAUUGGUCAAUUUUAUGUGCUUAGUAGACAAUAUGGAACAUAUACUAGUGAAAUAGCUAAGAAUUUGGUCUAAUGGAACUAUGUAAUUGGCCAAAAACAGGACUCAAAGUGGGCAAAAUUGCCAGUGCAUAAAUAUUUCUGACACGGCAAAAUUUGCAGGAGUAUAACUUCAUCAUUUCUUUAUAAAAUUAUGUACUCUUUAUUUUAAAACAUUCAGAAAAAGAUUCUCUAUGAUUUCCUAAGAAAAAAAUAAUAUUUUUUAGACCCUGUGGAGAAUUUUCAGAUUGGGGGUCUGAUCCCUCAAAGGGUCAAUAAAAGAAGAUAGAAAAAUUUGUUUAAACACAAGAGCAAAUAAUAAUAAUAAUGUUGAGUGUAUCUGCAGUGUUCUAGUACAUAUAUUAAUGUUUUAACACAACAAAAAUUAUGAUAGUGUUUUAACAAACAAUAUGAACUUUAUUAGUGCUCAUUAGUAGGAAAAGUUUUGCCUAAGUAAAUCUUAACAUGGGAAUAUGUUCAUAAGGAAAACCAUGUGCUCAGUGUCCAAAAUAGUUAAAAAAAUCAUGAAAUAGACAUGUGAGUACAUAAGGAAGAUUGAUUUUACAACUGUUGUAUGACUAAAAUAUUUUAAAUGAAAUACUUUCAUUUAAAAAAUAUGGAAAAACAUAUAGAACACAAACCACAUGAAUGUUCAGAGUGUCUGAAAUGUUUUAGUAGAAAAAGCCAUCUUGUGGUACACAUGAAAGUACAUACAGGAGAUAAACCAUACCAAUGCACAGUGUGUUUGAAAUGUUUUACUGAAAAAUGCAAUUUGUGAGACACAUGGAAGUACAUGCAGGAGACAAAUUAUAUCAAUGUUCUGAGUGUCUGAAAUGUUUUAGUGGAAAAAACUAUCUUGUGGUACACAUGAGAGUACAUAAAGGAGAUAAACCAUAUCAAUGUGCAGAGUGUUUGAAAUGUUUUAGUAUAAAAAGUAAUCUUGUGACACACAUGAGAGUACAUACAGGAGAUAAACCAUAUGAAUGUUCUGAGUGUCUGAAAUGUUUUAGUCUAAAAAGCAGUCUUGUGAGACAUAUGAGAGUACAUACAGGAGAUAAACCAUAUGAAUGUUCUGAGUGUCUGAAAUGUUUUAGUCUAAAAAGCAAUCUUGUGAGACAUAUGAGAGUACAUACAGGAGAUAAACCAUAUGAAUGUUCUGAGUGUCUGAAAUGUUUUAAUAAAAAAAGCUAUCUUGUGAUACAUAUGAGAGUACAUACAGGAGAUAAACCAUAUGAAUGUUCUGAGUGUCUGAAAUGUUUUAGUGGAAAAAGCAAUCUUGUGAGACAUAUGAGAGUACAUACAGGAGAUAAACCAUAUAAAUGUUCUGAGUGUCUGAAAUGUUUUAAUAAAAAAAGCUAUCUUGUGAUGCAUAUGAGAGUACAUACAGGAGAUAAACCAUACCAAUGUUCUGAGUGUCUGAAAUGUUUUAAUCAAAAAAGCCAUCUUGUGAGACAUAUAAGAGUACAUACAGGAGAUAAACCAUAUGAAUGUUCUGAGUGUCUGAAAUGUUUUAGUGCAAAAAGCAGUCUUGUGAUACAUAUGAGAGUACAUACAGGAGAUAAACCAUAUGAAUGUUCUGAGUGUCUGAAAUGUUUUAGUGAAAAAGGCGGUCUUGUGAGACAUAUGAGAGUACAUACAAGAGAUAAACAAUAUGAAUGUUCUGAGUGUCUGAAAUGUUUUAGUGAAAAAGGCGGUCUUGUGAGACAUAUGAGAGUACAUACAGGAGAUAAACAAUAUGAAUGUUCUGAGUGUCUGAAAUGUUUUAGUGCAAAAAGCAGUCUUGUGAGACAUAUGAGAGUACAUACAGGAGAUAAACCAUAUAAAUGUUCAGAGUGUCUGAAAUGUUUUAGUGAAAAAGGCAGUCUUGUGAGACAUAUGAGAGUACAUACAGGAGAUAAACCAUAUAAAUGUUCAGAGUGUCUGAAAUGUUUUAGUGAAAAAGGCAGUCUUGUGAGACAUAUGAGAGUGCAUACAGGAGAUAAACCAUAUCAAUGUUCUGAGUGUCUGAAAUCUUUUAAUAAAAAAUCAGACUUGUGAGACAUACAAGAGUACAUUCAAGAGAUAGAACAUGUUAGUGUUUAAUGUUUAAGAAAUAUUUUAGUUAUAAACUCAUCAGAAUAUAUAAAAGAGAUAUACCAUAACAGUUGAGAGUGAAAUAUGUUAAUGAAAUGUCAGUCAUAUAAAUCAUAUAAGUUCAUAGAGGAGAUAAGUUGUAUUAAUGUUCAGAAUAUCUUAUAUAUUUAAAAAAGAAAGAGCAGUCGUGUGUACUCAUGAGAGCUAAUAUACAGUACAAACAAUUCAUAUAUAUAUGGAAAAUACUGUAUCAUGUGCCAUUGUACCAUAU